UACCUAGUGGAGAUGUAAGUCGCUGCUGAAGAUUCGCAACAAGCAAGUGCUUUAGCGCACAUCCCCCUCCCACUGCGCUCGCUCAGAAAAAAAAAAACAUGUUUCUCUUUAGCCUGAGAUACACAGUGAUGUGAAUGUCUGUGUGCUGUUGGAAACAGAGCUCUGAGACUGCUUAAAACAGAAAGAAUAGCGGAAACAAGAAUUCCUCGCGUGCUUGCAGGAGUCGGACGCAUAAGCGAUCACACGGGAUUUCUUCAGACAGCGCUGCAGUCAUGGAGUUCUCAAAUGAUUCCACCGGCUUUGCUGACCCCAGACACUUCCGUCUGUACAACGAGUCCCUGUUCCAGAACAACUUCAGUGCCUUCAACGGGACUGACAGCUUCUUCCCAAGGGGCGUCAAAAUCACUAUAGCAGUGGUCUACAUGAUCGUCUGCGUGGUGGGGCUGGUGGGAAACUGCUUGGUCAUGUACGUCAUCAUUAGAUAUACCAAGAUGAAGACAGCUACCAACAUCUAUAUAUUUAACCUGGCACUGGCUGAUGCGCUGGUUUUGGCUACGCUUCCCUUCCAAGGCACGGAUGUGUUCCUUGGUUUCUGGCCCUUUGGCAAUGCCCUGUGCAAGGCGGUCGUCUCCAUCGACUACUAUAACAUGUUCACCAGUGUGUUCACCUUGACCGUGAUGAGCAUGGAUCGAUACGUGGCCGUGUGCCACCCAGUGAAAGCCCUGGACAUGCGGACGCCCCACAAGGCCAAGGUGGUCAAUAUCUGCGUGUGGGUCUUGGCUUCAGCCAUAGGGGUCCCGGCUAUGGUACUUGGAGAUGUGGAGAAUGACAGUGGCAUCGAGUGCAUCUUGGUUCUCCCGGAUCCUCGCAGUUAUUGGGACCCAGUAUUUGGGACGUGCGUUUUCCUGCUCUCCUUCCUGGUUCCUGUAGCUAUCAUCAGCGUGUGCUACAGCCUCAUGGUAAAGCGCCUCCGUAGUGUCCGAAUCCUAUCGGGGUCCAAGGAGAAGGAUCGCAACCUUCGGCGCAUCACGCGCAUGGUUCUAGUGGUUGUCGCGGCCUUCAUUGUGUGUUGGACGCCCAUCCAGAUCAUGGCACUGGCACAGUCGCUGGGCUUCAACUUGGGCAGCGUCCAGACGGUGGUGUUCAUGCACUUAUGCAUCGCCCUGGGCUACGUCAACAGCAGCCUGAACCCCGUCCUCUACGCAUUCCUCGACGAAAACUUCAAGCGCUGCUUCCGUGAGUUCUGCCACCCUUCACCAUUUGGGCUUGACGCGCAGCAGUCGGGCCGCAUGCGCAACAUCGCGCGCGAGGUGGCCUACAACUGCAAGACUGCGGACGGGAACAGUAACCCCGCAUGACUAGGCGUGGAGCUGCCCCUGGUCAGCCCUGAGCCUCGACCCAAUCCAGGGUCAGAAAACUCAAACUCUGAGUUGACUCAGAUUACAACACUCUAGCACCACAGUCACCUCCGCCAGGUGGGCGGGGGAAAGGGUUGGGCUAGGUGUGAAGGCGGAGUCAAGUUAAAUGACACGCCCUUUUAGGGACAAAGGGGCUCACUUUACAGUGUCUUAAAUGGUUUUGGAUGUUAUUGUCCACGGGUUUGUUCUUAUUCAAAAAAUUAUUACACUUUGUUGUUCAGUGUUGCAGCCUUGUACAUGCUUUUUUUGUCUCUCUUUGCAAAAAUCAAUGUUUCUCUUGAAAUUUGAGACUGUAGAAUUUCAUGGCCUUAAACAUACAUCUGAACCUAUGGAUUAAGUGUAUCAGUCCUUUUUGUGGUAUU